AUGAUGAGUGAAACGAUCGGUCUAACUAUUGACCAGUGGCGCUCGACUCAGCUUCAGGCCGCCGCUGGUGUCGCCUUGGACAGAAUUCUGCAGCUUGCACAAUCUCUGUCCAAGGAUUCGCCGGAGUGGAUUUAUGUCGCAACAGAGAAAGACAUCAAAGACCAAUGGAACACAAUCGAUCACAGCUUGAAGGACGAUCUGCCUCUUUAUGGUGUUCCUUAUGCUGUGAAAGAUAACAUCGACGUGAAUGGUUUUCCAACUACAGCAGCUUGCCCCAAAUUCGAAUACUUGGCCUCAUCCGACGCGACUGUAGUUGCCCAGCUCCGCACUGCUGGUGCUAUCGUGGUUGGCAAAACAAACUUGGACCAGUUUGCAACAGGGUUGGUAGGUGUUCGCUCCCCCUAUGGUACUCCCUCGAGUGUCUUCAGUGAAGAGCACGUUUCAGGAGGUUCUUCCUCGGGUUCAGCUGUUGUUGUGGGUAAAGGUAUUGUUCCGUUUGCACUUGGUACCGAUACUGCAGGUUCUGGACGUGUUCCGGCUGCUUUGAACAAUCUGAUUGGUGUGAAACCUACGGUAGGAAUUUGGAGCACCACCGGCGUCGUUCCAGCAUGCAAAUCAUUAGAUGCACCCACGGUUUUCACACUUAAUUUGAAAGAUGCUGAGAAGAUUCUGAGUAUUGGAAUCAAGUAUGACAACUUAAACCCUUACACCCGCCAGUUCCCUGAGCGUCCUGUGACAACUUUUGGCCGGCGACCCAUCUUGGGUGUACCCAAGAAUCCGGAAUUCUACGGUGAAACUGAGAAUGAGACUCUAUUCUAUCAAGUUGUUAAUAAAGUACGUGAUUGUGGCAUUGAAGUUGUUGAAGUUGACUGCUCAGACUUAUUCAGGCUUGCAAAACUACUAUACGAAGGUCCGUGGGUUGCAGAGCGUUACCAUGCGAUCAAAGAUUUUAUAAACGAACAACAUAUGGAUCCCACUGUGUACAAUAUCAUCAGUGGUGCGCAUGGUGUGAGUGCUAUUGAUGCUUUUGACAAGGAAUACAUUAGACAAACAAUCAAAAAAAAGUUCCGGGCAGAGCUCGGCUAUCUUGAUGGAUUCGUUAUGCCAACAUGCCCUUUGAAUCCCAAGAUUGCAGACGUUUUGGCUGAGCCUUUUCUCAUCAAUUCACAGCAAGGUACCUAUACCAAUUUUGUGAAUUUGGCGGAUCUAUCGGCUUUGGCAAUCCCUGCUUCGUUCCGUUCUGAUGGGUUACCGUUCGGUAUAACAUUUAUGUCUGAAGCAUUCAACGAUUUCGCACUUUUGGAACUUGCUCAACGCUUUUUACAGACCUUCGAAAACAGACAACUCGGAAAUACCCCGGCAAAAGUUUCUCAAUCAGGCGAUACGGUUGGAUACACUCUGCCGGACGGUUGUUCCAGGCGCACGAUGCAACUAGCUGUCGUCGGUGCGCACUUGUCUGGAAUGGUCCUGAACUGGCAGUUGCGCAAAGUAAACUCUACUCUGGCAUUUAGGGCUAAAACAGCCCCCAAGUACAAGCUGUGGGCUCUCAAAACUACACCUCCUAAACCUGGGCUGGAGAGAGUGAGCUCUGGUGGAUCCCCCAUCGAGGUGGAGGUUUGGGAUGUCCCAGUUGAGCGGUUUGGUGAAUUUAUUUCAAUGGUACCUCAGCCACUUGGAAUAGGUACGUUGGAGCUAGAAACUGGUGCAUUGGUGAAAGGCUUCAUUUGUGAGAAUGCGGGUUUACUCGAAGGCGCCGAAGAUAUCACAUCAUUUGGUGGUUGGCGCAGCUAUAUCGCUGAUCGUAAAAUUGGGAAACCUUUCGAUACUGUCUUGAUCGCGAACAGAGGAGAAAUUGCUGUACGAAUGAUCAAGGCUCUGAAAAAGAUGUCCAUCAGAUCCGUGGCGGUGUACUCUGAGCCAGACCGGCACGUACAGCAUGUAUUGGAUGCUGAUGUUGCCGUGGAUCUUCACGGUGUGAGUGCCGCCGAGACCUACCUCUCUAUGAGAAAGAUUAUCGAUGCCUGCAAACAAACACGUGCCCAGGCCGUUCUUCCUGGCUACGGCUUUUUAGCUGAAAACGCAGAGUUUGCUGAGCUCUGUGAAAAGGAGGGUAUCAUCUUCAUUGGUCCCUCCGCUAAGAUUAUUCGCGAGCUAGGAAUGAAACAUACAGCACGUGAAAUUGCCAAAAAGGCGGGGGUUCCGUUGACCCCUGGUACAGGUUUACUGGAGUCCAUCCAGGAGGCGCUCGAGGCUGCGGACAGCAUCGGCUACCCAGUCAUGAUAAAGAGCACAGCAGGCGGUGGUGGUAUCGGUCUUCAAAGAGUUGAUAAUGCUGCAGACCUACCGCAAGUCUUUAAUACUGUGCGCCACCAGGGCCUGCAGUAUUUCAACGACUCCGGCGUGUUUAUUGAAGCAUUCGUUGAAAAUGCUAGACACAUCGAGGUACAGGUAUUUGGAGAUGGCUUCGGUAAAGCCAUUGAUUUAGGAGAACGCGACUGCUCACUCCAACGUCGUAAUCAAAAAGUCAUUGAAGAAACACCCGCGCCAAACCUACCUGAGAAGACACGAGCUGCACUACGUAAAAGUGCUCGGGACCUUGCUGCUGCGAUGAAAUACAAGUGUGCUGGAACAAUUGAAUACAUUUUCGAUCCCGCAAGAGACAAGUAUUACUUCUUAGAAGUUAACACUCGUCUUCAAGUUGAACACCCAGUAACGGAGGAAGUCACGAAGCUUGAUCUCGUCGAGUGGAUGGUAAAUAUCGCCGCAAACCGUGCCCCUAGUUUUGAUAAUGAGAUCAUACCAACGGGUGCCAGUAUGGAAGCGCGUGUUUAUGCGGAGAACCCUGUACGUGACUUCGCUCCUUCACCAGGCACCAUAACUGAAGUUUCGUUCCCUAAAUGGGCUCGUGUUGACACAUGGAUCUUUAAAGGCUCCACUAUCUCCAGCGAAUACGAUCCUAUGAUUGCAAAAAUAAUUGUUCAUGGUAAAAAUCGUAAGGACGCUUUGGAACUUCUUCAAAAAGCCCUUAAUGAGACUAUCAUUUCUGGUGUGGUCACAAAUUUGGACUACCUUCGCUCUGUGGCAGGAUCUCAAAUGUUCAAAGAGGUCAAGAUGUUCACGAAAGCCCUUGAUACUUACGAGUACAAGCCCCACGCUAUCGAGAUCACUGCGCCUGGUUCUGCUACCACUAUUCAGGAUUACCCUGGCCGCACGGGGCUGUGGCACAUCGGCGUACCUCCAUCGGGACCAAUGGAUUCCUAUGCAUUCCGCGUCGCGAAUCAUAUCGUUGGAAAUCACGAAUCUGCACCGGCAAUUGAGUGUACUUUAGUGGGCCCUUCACUUGUUUUCCAUCACGACAGCUUGAUUGCACUCACUGGUGGCACAAGUACAGCCACUUUAGAUGGUACAAUCAUUCCGCUAUGGGCACCUGUAAGCGUAAAAUCAGGACAGCAACUCGUUGUGGGAAAGCUUUCUUCUGGUUGUCGUGCCUACCUUGCGGUACGUGGUGGAUUAGAUGUGCCAGAAUAUCUGGGCUCCCGCUCGACGUUUGCUCAAGGUUCCAUUGGUGGCUACAAUGGCCGUGCAUUGAAAUUUGGUGAUGUGGUUCCCAUCGGUCAGCCUGAACUGCCAUGUUGCACUAUCCCUGCACCUGUGCAUGCUCCGAUAGAGUUCCCUGAGAGUCUGAUCCCAAAAUACAGUAAUAAAUGGAAUGUUACGGUUACUUGUGGACCCCAUGGCGCACCAGACUUCUUCAAAUCAGAGUUCUUGGAUACCUUUUUUGAGACUGAGUGGAAAAUUCAUUACAAUUCAAACAGAUUUGGUGUUCGUCUUACUGGUCCCAAACCGCACUGGGCGAGAACAGAUGGUGGAGAAGCGGGACUUCAUCCCUCUAAUGCUCAUGACUACGUAUACUCACUAGGUGCCAUCAAUUUUACAGGUGAUGAGCCUGUUGUUCUUACCUGUGAUGGUCCAUCUUUGGGUGGGUUUGUGUGUGCUGGAGUGAUCACUGAAGCAGAUCUUUGGAAAAUGGGUCAAGUUAAGCCAGGUGAUUUGGUAAAAUUCUCUCCUGUUACAGUUGAACACGCUCUUAUAUUAAAGAAGGUUGUGGAUCAGCAAGUCAUAGGUGUUGAAACACCUAUACCAGCACUGGAGGAAGUUCACGAGGAUCCUAUCUUGUUUUUCCAAGAAGCGACCGUAACUUCACCUAAAGUUGUGUACCGACAGGCGGGCGAUAGGUACUUACUGAUUGAGUAUGGUGAAAAUGUUAUGGACUUAAAUCUUCGCUAUCGUGUGCACUGUUUAAUCGAGCACACGCUAGGUAAAGUUGGUGGUGUUAUAGAAAUGUCACCGGGUGUGCGAAGUGUCCAUAUCGAGUACGAUCCCGCGAUUAUCAGUCAAAGUUCGCUCUUGGACAACCUAUUGGGGAUUGAGUUCAAUAUCAAGAGUUCCUCCGAUUGGAAAGUCAAAUCUCGCGUUAUUCGACUGCCCAUGGCUUUCGAAGACCAGAAGACACUCUCCGCAGUUGAGCGAUACCAGGAGACCAUCCGUUCUGAAGCACCUUGGCUACCAAACAACGUUGAUUUCAUAAGAGAUGUGAAUGGCCUUUCUGAUAGAAACGAAGUGCGCAAUAUGAUGUACUCUGCGCGCUUUAUGGUGAUGGGUUUAGGCGAUGUGUAUCUUGGUGCCCCGUGUGCUGUUCCUUUGGAUCCUCGUCAUCGUCUUCUUGGAACGAAAUACAACCCAUCUCGGUCUUGGACGCCUAACGGUACUGUCGGCUUGGGAGGAAUGUACAUGUGUAUAUACACAAUGGAAUCUCCAGGUGGCUACCAGCUGAUCGGACGCACAAUCCCUAUUUGGGAUAAACUCUGUCUUAACGAGUCCGCGGCCAAUGGUAAACCAUGGUUACUCUCUUGCUUUGAUCAGAUUGAGUAUUACCCAGUCACUGAACACAAGCUUGAGGGCUUUGUUACCCAAGUUGAGCAAGGCGACUAUAAGUUGGAGAUCACCGAAACAGUUUUCGAUGCUGGCGAUUAUCACAAAUUCUUGAAAGACAAUGAGCAAACUAUUUCUGCACAUAAUUUGAGAAUCGCUGCUCGGCAGGACGAGUUUGCUCGUGUUAUAGCAGCAUCAGAAUCAAAAGCCACUUCUGAAACUGUGAAGGCCCCCGUUGAAAUUUUCAGCGACACUGCAACUAUGAUCUAUGCUGAAGUGACAGGCAGGUUCUGGAAAAACAUGGUUGAAGAAGGAGUCAAUGUCAGUCAGCACGACUGUAUUCUCAUCUUGGAAGCUAUGAAAACAGAACUACUUGUAUGUGCAAGCGUGGCGGGAACUGUGGUCAAAAUUCUUCAUAAAAAUGGCGAUAUGGUAGAGGCAGGCGACUUGGUAGCAGUUAUUGAGCCUUGA